UCCGACCUUCCUUAAAGAAACGAGUCUCAUCUUGCCUCUCCUCUCUCCUCGAUCUUGUCAGUUACAUAUACCACUUUUCUCCACUACAGAUUCGGAAUCAAAUUCGCCAUCAACAUGCCUUUACGUUACGAAUGUGCCAACGUACACCAAACCAUUUGUGACCGAGUUCUUAAAUUUCUUCGAGAAACAAACCCGGUUUUUCCAUUUACCAUCAAGGGUGGGGCAAAGUUUAUCGUAAUUUUGCAAAUGGUCUUCUCCCUGAUCAUGAUCCUGGGAUUGACCGUGUUCGCUUAUAUACUUCAUUCCUCGUCCCCUCAUAAUGAGAUUGCCCGUGCAAAUAGUACUGACCCGAAUCAUCCCAAUAAUGCCCAAAAUUCGUCUCCGGGUCGUCAUCCUGUGUUUGGAAUUAUAACGCCGGGUCACGUGUUCGUUUCGCUUUUGAUUUCUGUGUUGGAGUUUAUCCUUUACGUAUACCUGCUCAGAGGGAUCAAAACUGAGGCCUAUGACGUUGUGAACAAGUGCUGGAAGAUUAUGGCGUGGUACACCGCAAUUUACUUGCUAGGAAUAGUUAUAAUUUCCAUCCUGGAGUUUGAGCUCUUUUUGGACACGAUGGAAAUGGUCGCCGAAAUUUGUAAUUUAUACACCAUUUGGAUUUUGUAUGCUUAUAAGCAUACCUUGAAAAAGGAUGCGAAUGUGAUGGCAAGGGUUGAUAUUGACAGCAUGAUUUAAUGGAUUUUAAAUAGUUCUCUUUUGUCCAGCAGUUUUACAAAAAUAAAUAAAAUAUUAUUUUUUAGAAUAUCAGCAGUGUUGGUAAUUACUAAUAAUAAUAAUAAAUCAGUCUAUUUCUAAGUAUAACGUUAAUGGAAGUUGAGAGUCUCAACUUG